AUGAAUAAUCCGGUCCAGGAACACAGCGGCCCCUCCCAGUCCGCCUUCGCCGGCCAGGCCCUGGCCACGCCCUCGGUCUCCUCCUCCGACUCCUCCCAUGUGGCCAGCCCCACCGCCCAGCGCACCCCACCCCCGCUCGAGGACGCCCGCGCCAGCGUCCUGCGGGCCCUCUCCGGCGUGUCUGAGGUGGUCAGCGCCUCGCGCAAGGUGGACGAGGAGGCACGGGCGGCGAUCCUGGCCCGACGACGCGCCCGCAUGGGGGGGCCCGGCGCCGCCCCACCGGGCAACGGCCCCCCCUCCCGCUCCGGCUCCAUGCCCGGCGCGGACACCGGGCUGGGCCUAGGCCUGCACGCCCGCCUGAACAGCCUGGCGGAGGGGCAGGUCCCAGGCCUCUCCCCGCACGGCCCUGGGAUCUACGGCGCGGGCCUGGCCGGCGCCCUGCACUCGGGGUCCGCCGGCGCCUGCCCCUCCCCCCUCGCCGCCCUGGCUGGCUCCGCCAGCGUGCCCCUGGGCGAGGCCUUUCACCCCGCCGCGCCGCGCCUGCACAGCCCGCUGCCGCAGAGCAGCGCCGGCGGGCAUGCCCCGCCGCCGCACUUCCCCGCCCUGCUGGACGCGCUGGGCGUGCUGGGCGUGCCGCAGCUGCUCCUGCUCCGCUCCGAGGUGGACCGCCAGCUGGCGUGGCGCGGGGUGCUGGGCGGCGCCCCGGACAUGGGCUUUUCUCCCGCGCAGCCGGCGGGCGGCGCCAGCCCCGACGCCAGCAUGCUGCUGCUGGCGCUGCAGCAGGCCCAGGCCAUGCGCCAGGGCUCGCUGGGGCCCCAGGACCCCGCCCCGCUCACGGCGGGGUCCGGCAGCGCCGGCGCCCAACCCGCCGCGGAGCGCCUGUCGCUGCGGGAGUGGGUGCCGCAAGGCGCGCCCGCCGGCGCAGCACGCAGCGGCGCCAUGGCCGCCGCCGCCGCGCGUGCGCCCAGCCUGCCGGCCCUGCCCACCUCCUGGGCGGAGGACGUGCAGCUGCCUACGCCUUUCGCAGACCCGGUGCGCCAGGCCACGAUGCCCGCGCUGUCGCCGGCCACCUCGCUGCAGGCCCAGGGGCUCGGGAUGGAGGAGGCGGGGCUGACCCAGGGCAUGGGCGCCUGGUCCCCGGUGCCCCAGCGGUCCACCGGCCCAGGCAUGACGCAGGAGAUGCUGGCGGCCGUCACCGCCGGCCUGCACCUGUUUGACCCCCCCUCCGGCGGCCUGUCCCAGGACCAGCAGGCGGCCUCGCUGGGCUACCAGGGCGACGCUGGGCUGGGGGACCCCGGCGCCGACCAGGGAUCCCCGCACCGCCUGCACUACCCGCACGGCCAGGAGGGCGUGUGGGACGCCCCCCUGGACGCCGGCUGGGCGGUGCAAUACCGCUGA